GUCUCAUUUCAGACAUCGCCAACGACAUUGUAUCAUUAUUCGCAAUACGGCUGAUUUUUUUAAUCGCUUUGUGAAGUUGAAAUAAUUUCUCUUUUCAAUUUUUUUAAUGAAUUUUUCCCCCCAAUUGCGGUGUCAACUGACUGCGAUAUUGGGAAGAGGGGGAGAUGACGGAAUCACCAGACGCGUCAUUCAGUGGAAUUUAGGGACCGUAUAAAAAAGUGCCUAAAUGUCUGUAUGGUCGACGAGCACCGGGCGCAACUCAGUCUUUGGUGCUGAGAUUGGAAAUCCAAGUAAUUUAAAUCAACAGCCAUUACCGAAUCAUUCGCAUUUGCAUACAACCGAGGGACAUUGUUUCCAUAAUCGCUUUCACAAUUGUCAGGCAAAGAUGUCGCAGUCUGGUGAUGGCCUUCACACCCCGGGUUACCUUUCCUGGAGGAAGCUCCAGCUCAGCAGAGCGAAGCUCAAGGCGUCGAGCAAAACUUCGGCAUUGUUGUCGGGAUUUGCAAUGGUGGCGAUGGUAGAGGUUCAACUGAGCCCCGAAUCAAAAGUCCCCAACUCCAUGUUAAUAACCUUCGCAGUCUGCACAACCCUCCUGGUAGCGGUCCACAUGCUGGCCCUUAUGAUCUCCACCUGCAUUCUCCCGAACAUCGAGGCGGUCUGCAAUCUCCACAGCAUCAGUCUAGUCCACGAGUCCCCCCACGAGCGCCUCCACUGGUACAUCGAGAUCGCCUGGGCGUUCUCCACUCUCCUCGGGCUCAUUCUCUUCCUCCUCGAAAUCGCAAUCCUCUGCUGGGUCAAAUUCUACGACUUCUCCCAGACGGCUGCAUGGUCCGCCUGCAUUGUCCUCAUUCCAGUACUCAUUAUUUUCCUCGCCUUCGCCAUUCAUUUCUACCGCAGUCUUGCUGCCCAUAAAUACGAAGUCACGGUAUCUGGUAUUCGGGAGUUGGAACUUCUGAAGGAACAAAUUGAAUCUACCGAUGUCGAGGGGAGAAACGGCAGUAGUUUGUUAUCGAAUUCUCAUAUUGUGUAGAGUUAACCAUUUCCAGUUUUUUACUGAAAUUUUUACUCCAAUUCCGAAUUUUUUGGUCAAUUCAGGAUUUUUUGGGGAAUGAGGUCGUAAGGAAGUCCAUUAGGUAGUUCGGGGAAUUCCCGCUUUCCAGUGAUGGUCAUAAGUGCUUUGAAGGGAUGGGGAUUUGAGGAUUUCUGGAGGGAUGGGGAUAAGGGAAUUUGUGACGGGAUCGAGAUUCGAGGAUUUUUAGGGGGGAAGGGAUUUCGGAAUUCUUUGGGGGAUAAUUUCGAGAUUUUUUAUGGGAUGGGGAUCAGGAGUUUUUUAGGGGAACAAAGGGAAUUCCGGGAUUUCUAAAUGAUUUCGGGAUUCCUCGAAGGGUGAGGGGUUGGGAAUUUUCGAUUUUGUUCAGGUAUUCUUGGGGGGAUAGGAACUUGGGAUCUACAAACUUGAGAAUUUCUAGAGGGGCUUUGGAUUUCUUUUGGGAUGAUGAUUAAGGGAUUUUUAGAGGACCAGGGAUCGGAGAGUUGUUAGUAGAUGCGAAUUCAGGGAUUUAUGAACGGAUGGAAAUUUAGAGAUUUUUCGAGAAGUGGGAAUUUUUUACGGAUGGGAAUUUUUUAAGACAGAAAAUUGGGAGAUUCUGGGUGGGAUGGGGAUCGGAAUAUUUCCAGAGAGAUGGAGAUUCAGAAUUUCUUUGGGAAUUUAGAUUUUAAUAUUCUUAGAGGCGUGGAAACUUGAAAAUUCUUUAGGAAGGGGGAUUGAGGGAUUUUCAAAGGGAUGGAGACUUAAAAUUCAGGAAUUUUCCAUUAUAUUGGGGUUUUCUAGAGAUUGGGAUUGGGGGAUGUUUGGAGGGAUGGGGAUCUGAGGAUUUUUAGGAAGCAGGAGACUUGGAAUUUCUUUCGGAAUUUCGAAAUGAGGUUUAGGGAAUUCGUAGAGGAUUGGGGAUCAAAGAAUUCUUUGUAAAUCAGAAUUCUAGGAUUUACGGAGAGAUACGGGAUCUGAGGAUUUUUCGGAAGCAAAAGCCUUGGAAUUUCCUUUCGGGAUUUCGAAAUGUGCCUUAGGGAAUCCGGCGAGGAUUAGGGAUCAAAGAAUUCUUUGUAAAUCAGAAUUCUAGGAUUUACGGAGAGAUACGGGAUCUGAGGAUUUUUCGGAAGCAAAAGCCUUGGAAUUUCCUUUCGGGAUUUCGAAAUGUGCCUUAGGGAAUCCGGCGAGGAUUAGGGAUCAAAGAAUUCUUUGUAAAUCAGAAUUCUAGGAUUUACGGAGCGAUGCGGGAUCUCAGGAUUUUUCGGAAGCAAAAGACGUGGAAUUUCUGUCGGGAUUUCGAGAUGAAGUUUAGGGAAUUCUUUGUUAAUGAGAAUUCUAGGAUUUACGGAGCGAUGCGGGAUCUGAGGAUUUUUCGGAAGCAAAAGACUUGGAAUUUCCUUUCGGGAUUUCGAAAUGUGCUUUAAGGGAAUUCGGAGAGGAUUAGGGAUCAAAGAAUUCUUUGUAAAUGAGAAUUCUACGAUUUACGGAGCGAUGCGGGAUCUCAGGAUUUUUUGGAAGCAAAAGACUUGGAAUUUCUUUUCGAGAUUUCGAGAUGAGGUUUAGGGAAUUCGUAGAGGAUUAGGGAUCAAAGAAUUAUUUGUAAAUGAGAAUUCUAGGAUUUACGGAGGAAUACGGGAUCUCAGGAUUUUUCGGAAGCAAAAGACUUGGAAUUUCUUUUCGGGAUUUCGAGAUGAGGUUUAGGGAAUUCGUAGAGGAUUAGGGAUCAAAGAAUUAUUUGUAAAUGAGAAUUCUAGGAUUUACGGAGGAAUACGGGAUCUCAGGAUUUUUCGGAAGCAAAAGACUUGGAAUUUCUUUCGGGAUUUCGAGAUGAGGUUUAGGGAAUUCGUAGAGGAUUGGGGAUCAAAGAAUUCUUUGUAAAUGAGAAUUCUAGGAUUUACGGAGCGAUGCGGGAUCUCAGGAUUUUUCGGAAGCAAAAGACUUGGAAUUUCCUUUCGGGAUUGCGAAAUGUGCUUUAGGGAAUUCGGAGAGGGUUAGGGAUCAAAGAAUUCUUUGUAAAUGAGAAUUCUAGGAUUUACGGUGGGAUACGGGAUCUCAAGAUUUUUCGGAAGCAAAAGACUUGGAAUUUCUUUUCGGGAUUUCGAGAUGAGGUUUAGGGAAUUCGUAGAGAAUUAGGGAUCAAAGAAUUCUUUGUAGAUGAGAAUUCUGCGAUUUGGGGAUGGAUAGGAGCAUGGGGAUUUCCAGAACCCAUUACUCUUCAAAUUAUGCUCAGAAAAUUUUUGUUUGUUUGAAUGAAAAUUUGUUUUUGAGACUACCUGAUAACUCCUGGGGCAAAAUGGACUUAUGACCAGUGUUCGAAAGCGGAAAUUUUCCUGGCUAUCAAAUGGGGUAACCUUCGACCCCCUUGGAGCAGUUCUCAGCUCAGUGCCAAAAUACAUUGAAAGAAAUUAUCUUUACUUUCUCUUCCAUUUUGAAAAUUGCGGAAAUUAGAAAAAAAAAACUUCCACAGAAAAAUUCAUUUGUUUAUUUAAUAGAUUAUUAAGAAUAAUUACAUAGGUUUAUGUAGGCGAUAAUGUAAUUACGAACUGAGAGGAUAUUAGGACUCUUGUAAAUAUUAGAGAUAAUUAUGUCUUAAUUUUUUUUUCUUGUCACUUUUCUUGUCUGGAUGAUUAAUCUUUUUUUUUUGUUUUCGAUGGGUUUUCAUUGAAUCUCGUAGGUAUCGGAUUCAACUUCUAUUUAUUGGAAUGGCGAAUCUCAAAUUCAGGCAACUAAAUUAUAUUUUUUUCUUUCUGUCAGAUUUUUACUUCGUGAUUCAAUUGAUUUAGGUAGCUCGUUUUUACCUAAUUAUUACAGAACGAGAAAAUUUUAGUGUAAAUAAUGCGAAUACAUUCCCUUAGAGCGUCGUGACUUAACGGAGAGAUGACUAAUGUGAAAAUUGAUUGAAUAGGAAUUGCAUGUUUUGGGGACAUUAUUGGGUGAUUUAUUGGUAGAUUUUUUUUAGAGAAGCAGUAUUUCAAUCAAUUUGGGCGACCAGGGAGACUCUGGAGGUGUAUUUGCCCUGGAAAAUUCACAAAAAUUUGUAUUACAGAAAGAAUUAUAAAAAAUUUAAAUAAAAAGAGCCAAAGGAA